AUGCAAGUCACGCGGUGGUCGCGGCGGGGAUCCCCUAGCCCUGAGAAAGGAAACUCAAGCAGGAAUCACGAUGAUCCUUCUAUUUCUGGAAAAAUCGAAAAAGGAAAGAAUGGGCUGAAAAGUAUGGAAGGUAACGCUGGGAACAAAGGGGGGCAGAAGGAUGCUCAACGGGUGGAAAGCUUGAAGUUUGGUAAUUUGGAAAAAGGGAAAGUAUCAGGGAGCCAGCAAAAAGGGAAAGAAAAAGUUGGGAAAGGAACCGGUGAAGUAGCGACGGGUGGCAAAGGUGUUAUGGGCCCCAUCCCUCUUACUCCUAAGGAGAAUCUCUUGGGCCAAAACCGAACCACAACGGAAUCCGCCCCAAGUACAAUGAUGGAGAUAGCGGCCCCUAACUUUGAGCGCAAGAAUAUAAAUCCCAAACCUGCGGACAACGCGAAUCAUGGACCUCCUUCAUUUGGGCCGCCGAGCACUAAAGUGUUAACGGGGCCGAACAACACCUCAAUCCAAAUUGUGGAUGUCCAGCAAUAUGUUUCAAAACGAAAUCGGGAGUAA